CGGGGGGAGGGGAGUGGGGGGGGCAGGCAGAGCCUCGCGGCAGCCAGGCUGCACUGACGGAGCCACCGCGCCGGCCCCAGGAGGAUGGAGCCGGCGUUGCUGGCGCUCGGGGUCCUGGCGCUGCUGCCCCCUGUGGCUGCCCUGCUCUGCGCCCACUGUCCGCGGCGGUCCCCACGUGGUCCAGAGGCCAUUGGUGACUACGAGUACAAGCCCCCAGCCCCCUGCGCCCCCCAGAACAGCUUCAUCCUGCUGAGCCGCAGCAGCUGUGCCCCCCGCAACCAGAUCCGCCAGCAGCCCGUCACCCCCACGGAGCAGUUCCUCUCCAUCCCGCGCUCGCCUCAGGCCCCUCCAAGCCGCACGGCGUCAGUGGCCCGACCUGAACCCGACAAUGACAGUGUGCCCAGCUACGAGAAUGAGGAGCACCCUCCACACGUGGCUGCCGACAUGGAGGACGACGACAACGACUACAACAAUGACACUCCCGGCUAUGUCGUGGUGCUCCCAGAUGGCGCUGCAGGGCCCCCCCUGGCUGAGCCCCCAGCCCCGGCCUCGGCCCCCCAGGACAACAGCUGCUCUGCAAUGGCAGGUGAGGACUAUGAGAACUUCCCGGAGCCCCCCCCAACCCCGCCAGAGCCACAGAUGCGGGAGUCUCUGGCAGCUGACAGCCUGGAGUACGUGAAUAUGCCUGAGCCGGGGGCCCCCGAACCCCAAUACGGCUCCAGCGACCGUGAGAGCGAGGAGGAUGGGCCCGACUACGAGAACCUGCAGCGCUGAGACCAGGAGGCUACAAGGGCCCCUGCCCCCAGGACCCCGUCACCCCGGCGUUAAUUUAUUGCCCCCCUGCCCCACCUCGUGACGCCACUUUGCUGACGUAGAAGCCUGAGAAUUUCCCAGAGUCCUUUGCUCUACCCAAAAACCUUUGUGGUGGGGGGGAGAAGGUGGGACCCCGGCGUCCAAGGUGCUUCCCACGGCUCUACUCCCCACCCCCCCUUCAAGCCCCUGUGGCGGCGGCUCCAGUUCCCACAGAAUAAAUGCCCCGUGUGUCCGC